CGGCUUUUCACCUUCUGGCAGUUGGUGCAUCAGAGGCAAGGAAGUCGGGUUGCUGCUUCUGAGAAGUCAGUGGAGGACAGGCAGCUGCCAGUGUUGGCUCCCGGCGUGGUGCAGUGCCCAUCGAGCGGUUUAUCAGGCAGACAUCAAGGAACAGGACCUGGGCUACAGGUACAGGUCUAUGUACAAGACAAACGAUCGUUGUCAGAAACAACAAGCCACGCAGCGCCCAUCAGCUCCAGAUUAACAAUCAGCAGUCACGCUCAUCUAUCUGCGAGUCCACCAUGAUAGACCCCGCGGCAGAACUGCCUUUCUUUUAUGGGAGCAUCAGUCGUGCAGAGGCUGAAGAGCACCUGAAGCUUGCAGGCAUGAUGGAUGGGCUGUUCCUGCUACGCCAAUGUUUGCGCAGCCUUGGCGGCUACGUUCUCUCCUUGGUGUGGCAACUGGACUUCCACCACUACCCUGUGGAGAAGCAGCUCAAUGGCACAUACUGUAUCGCUGGGGGCAAGUCACACUGUGGCCCAGCAGAGCUCUGCCAGUACUACAGCCAGGAUGCGGACGGGCUGGUGUGCACCCUGCGCAAGCCAUGCCUGCGCUCACCUGACACACCCAUCCGCAUGGGUGUCUUUGACAGCCUGAGAGAGAACAUGCUACGCGAGUAUGUGCGGCAGACCUGGAACCUGGAGGGGAAUGCAAUGGAGCAAGCCAUCAUCAGCCAGGCCCCACAGCUGGAGAAGCUGAUUGCCACCACUGCUCAUGAGAAGAUGUCCUGGUACCACGGCAAGAUCUCGCGCACAGAGAGUGAGCGGCGCCUUUACUCUGGUGCACAGCCAGACGGCAAGUUCCUAGUAAGAGAGAGGGAUGAAUCGGGGACUUUUGCCCUUUCUAUCAUGUACGGCAAAACAGUCUAUCACUAUCAGAUCCUACUGGACAAGUCCGGGAAAUACUCUAUGCCAGAGGGAACCAAGUUUGAUACCAUAUGGCAGCUGGUGGAAUAUUUGAAGCUGAAGCACGAUGGCCUUGUGACCAUCCUACGGGAGGCCUGUGUGAACCCCAACUCAACCGAAGCCACUACUGCAAUACCUGCUAUACCCAGUCAUAGAAGUAAUCGUACAAAUGGAUACACACCAGCACCUGGAGUUCCCCCUGGUGCUGCCAAAUUGUCUGAGACUUUGUCGAGUGACCGACGCACCAUGCCAAUGGACACCAGCGUGUACGAAAGCCCAUAUAGUGACCCUGAGGCCCUGAAGGAGAAGAAACUCUUCCUGAAGAGGGAUCAGCUGAUGAUUGAUGAGGUGGAGCUUGGCUCAGGCAACUUUGGCUGCGUCAAGAAAGGGGUCUACAAGAUGAGGAAGAAACAAAUUGAUGUGGCUAUUAAAGUACUGAAGAGUGAGAAUGAGAAGGCGGUGAAGGACGAAAUGAUGAAAGAAGCAGAGAUCAUGCACCAGCUGGACAACCCCUACAUUGUCCGCAUGAUCGGCCUCUGCCAGGCUGAGAAUCUCAUGCUGGUGAUGGAAAUGGCACCUGCUGGGCCUCUCAACAAGUACUUGUCAACAAAGAAGGAACAAAUCACCGUGGAGAAUGUUGUGGAGCUGAUGCACCAGGUUUCUCUGGGUAUGGUGUACCUGGAGGAAAACAAUUUUGUCCACAGAGACUUGGCUGCCCGCAAUGUUUUGCUGGUUAACCAGCACUACGCCAAGAUCAGUGACUUUGGCCUGUCUAAGGCCCUGGGGGCCAAUGACAACUAUUACAAGGCACGAACAGCAGGUAAGUGGCCGUUGAAGUGGUAUGCCCCAGAGUGCAUCAACUUCCAUAAAUUUUCCAGCAAGAGUGACGUGUGGAGUUAUGGUAUCACAAUGUGGGAGGCCUUCUCCUUCGGAGGGAAACCAUACAAGAAAAUGAAGGGUCCAGAGGUGAUCAGUUUCAUAGAGAGCGGUAAUCGCAUGGACUGCCCCCCUGGAUGUCCAGACACGAUGUACACUCUGAUGAAGGACUGCUGGACGUACAAGCACGAGGACCGACCUAACUUUGUCCAGGUAGAGGACCGUAUGCGGACCUACUAUUACUCCAUUUCCAAGAAGACACCUUCUAAAGAGGAGGCUACAGCAGCAGCACCUGAAAAGUAAAGCAGCUAGACACAGUCUUGCCUUUGGUCACAUGAGAGUUAUCUUCCAACGUGAAUAAAACCCCAAUACUGUAAAAAACCUGUUAUCUAUAGAGCUGUGGCACUGAGUUACGGCUUUGAUAAUGGCAUUGCAGUGUGCAUUUUAUGGGCACUUAAUGCAACUUUUACCCGUAUUGUGUUUGCUAAAUCUGAUAAGGUGCCUACUAUAAGAAAAUCAGAAAAAAGUCUUCAUGUUUUUGGAGGGAUUAUGUUAUAAUUUUUUAAAAUAUCUUACACUCCUAAUGUUUGUCCUACUAGCUCUACUCAGACUAGUUUACUUAUAAGAGGCACAGAAGAAUACUUAGAAAAAGUGUAUUUAAAUAUAGUCAUUUCUGCUCCUGCAAUGGCAAAAAAAUAAUUGUGAGUGUUUUAUAAUAGUUACUGCAACAGUGACACCUUCUGGUAGCUGGUAGAGUUCUGAAACAACAACCAUACACUUACGCCUAUUCAUUUAGCUGAUGCUUUUCGCCAAAGCAACUUACAAUGUUAAAGAACCUACAACUACUUAUCCAUUUACAUAUCAGGGUAAUUUUUACUGGAGAAAUUUCGGGUAAGCACCUUGCUUAGAUCUACCACAGCUAGACAUGGGAUCUUUGUGUUCAAAGGCAGCAGCUCUAAUCACCACUGCCCUUGUUAAGUGUCCCAACAUUUAAUUUGUCAUAAUUUUCUAUCCAUAACAAAGGGAUUUGGGUGAAUAUUGAUUAAAAAAAGAACAUUGUGAAUGUGUAUCUGAGGCCUGUAAGAGCAAAAAUGGUGCAAACAAUAAAUAUUAAUGAGAAUUUUGAUUCAAA